CACACACACACACAAAAAAAUACACUAUUCUUCUGCAUUCCUCCAUUAGAUGUAACCUAAUUAGCUAGCUUUCUUUCAUUCUUUCUUUCUUGCCAUUUAGAACCCAUUAUAAAGUUACAUAUAUCUAUAUCCACCUCAAGCUAGAACCAGUCCUUAUUUACCUCUUUGAUCAAUACCUAGUGAGGGAGUACUGUCGCACCAAAAAAAGGGUUAAUUUCUUUUAUGAACAUGUACCCUUCAUACUCCAUGAAUAGCAAUAUCAAUCCAAACUUCUUCCCUAAUUUCAUACCUCAUAAAGAUGACAACUUUUUCCUUCAAGAACCACAACAAGACCACACUUUCUUCCUUCACCAACACAUCCAUGACCUAAUUCUCCACCAACCGCCUCCGCCUGCCGCCGACCCACAACCGGUCUCGCCGGCGAACAAGAGUACUACUACUAGAUCUUUGAAAAAAGACAGACAUAGUAAGAUUAAUACGGCCAAAGGGCCGAGGGAUAGAAGAAUGAGACUCUCACUAGACAUUGCACGCAAGUUCUUUGAUCUUCAAGAUUUGUUGGGAUUUGAUAAGGCGAGUAAGACCAUCGAAUGGCUUCUCUUGAAAUCGACAGCUGCUAUUCACGAGGUUUCAGCUAAUCAUUCUUCGACUUCUGAAUCAUGUGAAGUUGUUUCUGGGAUGGAUGUUUCUUCCCUUGAUGAUGGGAACCGACAGAAACAACAGAAACAGAAACAAAAACAACUUUUGAAAGAGAAAGGUUCAAAGGGUACUGGUUCUGGGAAUGUUUCUAGAGAGAGAAUCAAGACUCAUGCUUUUUCAAGAAAAUCUGCAUACGAUCCAAUGGCGAAGGAAUCAAGAAAGGCAGCUAGAGAGAGGGCAAAAGAGAGGACUAGAGAAAAGAAUAUUGUUGAUGCUAAAGGAUUUGGGUUAUGGAGUCCAUUUGAUACAACCAAAGAGUCUGUUUCAAUUAAUCAUAACCCUCAUGAGAUGCAGUUUCAUGAACAACAGGCGCCGGUUGAUGAUCAAGAUCCGGAUGUCUCUUCCAUCAUCUUCAACUAUGAUGAUCAUCAAAACCUGCAUGGCGACUCUAAUCAGCGGCAUUAUGAAGAAUAUGGGAAUAUUGCAGCUGCCAAAACAUGGGAGUCCUACAGCAGCAUGAAUCUAUGGUAG